AUGCUGUCCUCGAUCCAGAUCCUUGCCAUCCUGGCCGCCGCCGCCUCCGCCCACAUUGUCAUCACCGACCCCGAGCCCUUCGCUGAGACCAUCAACUCCCCCAUCGGCGCCGACAACCCCUUCCCCUGCCAGGGCAGGUCCAGCAGCGGCACGGCCAAGCCGUUGGAGCUGGGCUCGUCCCCCAACCUCGCCUUCAUGGGCUCCACCGUCCACGCCGGCGGCUCCUGCCAGGUCUCCCUGACCUACGACGAAGCCCCGACCAAGGAGUCGGCCUGGAAGGUCAUCACCUCGUACGAGGGAGGCUGCCCCGCCCGCGGCCAGACGGGCAACCUGACCCCGGAGAGCGCCACCCUGCCCGUGCCCGACAAGUACAACUUCACCGUUCCCGCCGACAUCCCCGCCGGCAAGGCCACGCUCGCCUGGACCUGGAUGAACAAGUCCGGCGGCGUCCGCGAGUUCUACAUGAACUGCGCCGCCGUCGAGCUCACCGGCACGGGAGGCGACGAGGCCGCCUUCAACGCCCUGCCAGACAUGGCCGUCGCCAACGUCCCCGACGUCAACAGCUGCACCACCACCGAGGGAAGCGACUACACCUUCGAGAACCCCGGCUCCGUCGUCUUCCGUGAGGGCGACGGCCCCUUCGCUCCCCUGACCGGAUCCAACUGCGUCGCCGGUGGCUCCUCCGGAACUAGCCCUGCUGGUGGCGCCUCCUCUUCCGCCGCUGCCGCCGCCCCCGCCGUCCGCCGGGGCUCCAACGGCAAGGUCGCCCGCACCUUCUAA